AGUUUUGAUAAGCCUAUCUGCUACCAAUCACUUAAAAUGGUUGAAUUAGAAUGCACAACCACUCAACAUUAACCAACUUGUAUGUGCAAGUGUGCAACUACAACUACUUGCAAGAAAGCUACCUACCCUUCAAAGUUACCACCAUCACACACACACUAUCAAAUUUUAAUGUAUACUAUCAUGUGUAUAUUGAUAUAAAUGUUCUCAUUUCAUUUAACUACUCUUUCAUCUUAUUUCCAUUUAUCACCACACACAACACAUUCUCAUGGAGACUUCAUGGGAACAAAGUGUUACAUAUUCUAUCAACACAAUCUACCUUCUUUUCUCUGCCUACUUAGUUUUUGUAAUGCAACUAGGAUUUGCCAUGAUAUGUGCAGGUUCUGUCCGUGCCAAAAAUGCAAUGAACAUAAUGCUCACAAAUGUAGUUGAUGCAGUGGUAGGUAGCAUUUCUUUCUAUCUUUUUGGUUUUGCAUUUGCAUAUGGCAAUUCCAACCCUUUCAUUGGUACAAAUUUGUUUGCUCUAGUUAACAUUCCAAAUGAAAAUUAUGACUAUGGAUUCUUCCUUUACCAAUGGGCAUUUGCUAUAGCUGUAGCUGGCAUUACUAGUGGGUCUAUAGCUGAGAGAACCCAAUUUAGUGCUUAUCUUGUUUUUUCAUUUUUCCUUACUGGGUUUGUGUACCCAAUUGUGGCUCAUUGGGUUUGGUCAUCUAGUGGUUGGCUUAGUCCCAAUUCAAGUGACUUGUUCUUGGGGUCAGGUUCCAUUGACUUUGCUGGGAGUGGAGUGGUGCAUUUGGUUGGUGCAAUUGCUGGACUAUGGGGAUCUAUCAUAGAAGGCCCGCGGGUUGGGAGGUUCGAUGCUUAUGGAAAGCCUGUGCCUUUCCGCGGCCACAAUGCCGCACUUGUGGUUCUUGGGACGUUCUUAUUGUGGUUUGGUUGGUUUGGGUUUAACCCUGGUUCAUUUGACAAAAUUCUCGUAGCCUACCCUGGCACACCUGAUGAAGGUAACUGGACUUCGAUAGGCCGGACUGCCGUGACAACCACAUUGGCGGGCUCAACAGCUGGAAUCGUCACGUUGUUCGGCCGUCGAUUAUUGAUUGGUCACUGGGAUGCAAUGGAUGUGUGCAAUGGUUUGCUCGGUGGAUUUGUUGCCAUCACCUCUGGGUGCUCAGUUGUCGAGCCAUGGGCCGCUAUUCUAUGUGGAUUCGUCUCGGCUUGGGUGUUAAUUGGGCUCAACAUCUUGGCACUAAAAUUGAACUAUGAUGACCCAUUAGAGGCAGCCCAAUUGCAUGGUGGAUGUGGCACUUGGGGUUUGUUGUUUACAGGGUUGUUUGCCAAAAAGAAGUUUGUGAAUCAAACCUAUAAUUCAGGGGUGGCAGUGGAAAGACCUUAUGGUCUUCUACUUGGAGGUGGAUGGGGAUUGAUUGGAGCUCAAAUGGUUGAGAUUUUGGUAAUAUUUGUAUUUGUUAGUACAACAAUGGGCCCUAUGUUCUAUGCCUUGCACAAGCUUAAGUUACUAAGAAUUCCUGUGCAUGAUGAACUUGCUGGCCUUGAUAUAUCAAGCCAUGGAGGCUAUGCUUAUGCUCCUCAUGAGGAAAAUCAUCCUCGAUCUUAUGAAGAUUAUUUGCGUAUGCAGGAUGACCAAUCAUAGUUUGGUUUAAUCCUCUUUGUUUCUAAAACAAAAUAUCUACUUCUAUAAUUUAAGGUGUAUAAAGAUUCAUAUUUUAGUACUAUGAUGUACAUAUACAUACGGUAGGAAUUGGAUUGCACACAAUAACUGUGUGCCGUUGUAAUGAAGUAAACCCAUCAUAUCUUGAAUCAGAAGCCGAAAUUGUUUGGACUUUGUAUUGAUUUUAUGCAUGUAAAUGUUAUAUGAACCAAUGUCAUACUUGA